AUGUCGAUAGCUAUGAACACCAAGGAUAAACAGAGGGAAACACAACAAAAGGGGAAGCACAUACAGUUCGACGAACCUGAGGUCGAUGAAACACGCCCUCGACUACGUCGGAGGCACUCACAUCCCCUGCGUCUCCAACUCCACAUACAAAGCGCAUCUGAUCUCCCGUUGCUGGGGCGUAGACGCAACCAACCCCCCAAUGUCUAUGUCAAAGUCCUACUUGAUGACAAGUUGUUCUUUCGGACGCGGACUAUCAAGGGAUCGAGGAAUCCCUCUUGGCACGAGAACAGUCCCUCCAUGGAGAUGGGCGAACAUGCGGUCAUUCAGCUACGCCUCAUGCACAGAACGCAGUGGCCAGGAAGUGACAUUUGCCUCGCCCGAUCUUCACAUUCCGUUCUAGAUAUCAUGCAACAACAACAGAUAUGCGACAAGGAGCAUGUCUUCGAGACAUCGCUUGAAAGCCAAGUUGACGGCUUCACGCCGAAGAUUUCCAUUGGACUUAGGGAGCUAGCAUCCGAGAAGCAUAUCCCAGAGCUAAUCUCUGAAGCGAAGGCCAGGGCGGAAGCCUACAGGAUUUCGUUGAUUAGCCUCACGCCUUCCCUCAAGGAUGCCUCGUCAAUGACUGAUAGUGACAACAGCCCAAGCACGUCAUCUAGUGGGCUGUCUGAAGUCAGCAUCGAAUCAGUUCCGCAGUGA